UAUCAGGUCGUCCAUGGAUUAUAAUUAUUAAGACCAGUUGAUAAUGUUAAGUAGGCCAUCUGCCACAUGCAUGAUACACUACCUGUGCACACUGUUCAUGCGCGUGAAUGGAUACGUUCUGGUACUCUAGCAACAGUUGUUAUGUUAGAAACUAAUUAGGCUGAAUUGCCAGUGAUAAGCGUUUUGGAGGUCAAGCCAUCUGAUCCACAUAAGGAUGGGUUGUAUCUAUUUUUGUUAAGCAAACAAUAUGAAAGAAUCAAUCAUUUAAUCUAGUCUCCUCACAUGUAUAUUCAACUCAUAGACAGUUAUGAAGGAACAACUAUAAUGUGUAUGAAUAAUAUGUAAGAUGGCAUCUCUCAUUUCUUCAAUGAAAUAUAUAAUCUUGUCCAUUUUCGGAAUAUAAUGUAUGUUUCUUCAAUUGUCUGUUCAAUAUUUUUAUAUCAGAUGUGAUUAUGUAAACAAUAAUUCGAGAAUUUCUCAUCAUCUUAAGCCUGAUCAACCUUCAAAAUUUUUGUUAUCAAGAGAUACAUGUCCAUAUUUAUGUUUCUCUUUUACAUUCUCAGUGGCACUAUCUUCCUGAAAAGCAUGCCCAUGCAUGGCCUCUAUUUCUCUCUGUCGCCAAAUGUGAUCAGGACGGUUUAGUUGAUGUGAUAGGUUUUUUCUUAAGGUGGUCCUCAUGUUGUGUAGCAUAUUUAUCUGAACUGUAUAUUUUUUCUUCAUCUUAAUGCAAUGAUCAUAGCUCUAAUACAUAUCAGUAAAAUUGUAAAAAGUAGCACAAUCUGUUGGCGGGCAACUUCUAGAUUCAAGCAUCUAAAGGUUCAUACUCCAUAUUGAUGGUGUGUACGUCUGUGGGACUGCAGGAUAUUACGAAAGGCACAUGAUGGUAUGUAUGAAUAACUUCUGCAUAAGACCUUAAUUACUCACAUUAUCAUAGUUCAGCUGGGCCAAUAUUGGUACCAAUGCCAACCAAGAGAGUUGCUCCUUUUUUAUUUGGUCUAAACAUUUCUGUAAGGGUCACAUCAUAUGGAAAUGCUAGUAAGAAUCUGGCAAAAGCCAAAAGAAGCAGCAAAAACUAGCCAAACAUAUCAUGCACCAAAUCCACUGUGAACUGUUUAAUCCAAGGGUCCUCUGUGCACAAUUGACUCCACAGGUUAUGUACUGUUGCUUUUCCUUAUUUUGAUAUAAGAAUUUUUAUCCUAACAGGGCGAGAUGACCCUUCUCCAUUAAACUGACAUCUUUGUAUUGAAGAUGCAGGUCAAGCUGCUCCUUUUCCUUGCCAAUCUGUCAUUCUGAUUUCAAGUUGAACAUGAGAUCAAGGCACCAAAGACUCUUCUUAUACCUUUGUUUCAAUCAAGCACCGGUACAGAAUGAAGUGAAGGAUACUGCUUCAAAACAAAUCGAAGUGUGUAAGGAAGGUAAUGCUCAUUUGUCCUCUCUGUGCCUGUGACCGCGAUUUCUGAAAUCUGUCCUCUCUUUCCUGAGCUUGUACCCGUACGUCAUUUGUGGAAAUUCUGCAAUCUGUACCAUCUGUAGUGCUUGAAAGUCCAACCUCUUUGAAUGAUAGUCGUGAAAAAAAUAGUGGUAAGAAAAAAAAAACUGGCGUUAUAUACUUAUAUUGUGCAAGAUUACAAGUAUCCCACAUGAUUUCAAUCGAGAACACAAGAAAAGACAAGAAAGCAGAGACAAAUUUCUAUAAAUUGGCCUAGUACCUGGAAAGUGAAAUCUGCCAUCACCCAUCAGGUUCAUCUGCACCGGUCCUUGUCUUGCUUUGUCAGCGAGCUCGGGAAGCAACUGAGCAGCACCCUGGGAGCUGGGGAAGCGUCCCUCUCUCCGCCGGCCGAUGUGGAUGCGCAACGAAUAAAUGCGCCGCCUGGAUUGCUGCGUGGCGAGCUCCGCAUCUCGCUGUUCCUUUCCUGGUUUUUGUGAAGCAUCGAAUAGCCAAAAACAUGUGUAUCCCAUAGUGUGUAUUCAGCAAUCUGCCACUGCCACACUGUUCAUCACACUCACACCUGCAGCCAAAAAGCUUGAGAUACCUGGAGAAUCCAGUGAGGAUUUUACCCUAAAAGUACCGAGCACUGUUGGGUGACCGACAUGGAGACAUUCCUGCCAGCGAUCUUGAGCGACCUCCUCGGCAGGUCCAUCUCUUACCUGGUGCAGCGAUACCGGCAGCAGAGCACGGUGCAGGACGACCUCGAGAAGCUGCGCCUCGCGCUGGUCAGGGUGCACGUCACCGUCGAGGAGGCCGAGGCGCGGCACAUCACCAACAAGGCCAUGCUCCGGCAGCUCGACGUGCUCAGGGAGGCCAUGUACAGCGGCUACCACAUGCUCGACGCCCUCACGUACCGAGCCCACGCGGACGGGGCGUCGUUCUCGUUCGCGCCGUCCAGGCUCAACGCCGCCAAGCGCCUCCGCCUCCUCGCCGCCGACGAGGGCGCCGCGGAGCUGCGCCGCACGGUCGACAGCCUCGGGCGGACGAUCGCCGACAUGAGGGAGUUCGUCGUCUUCCUCAAGGGCUACCCUCGCAUCAGUACUCAGCCUUACAGCAUGCACCUGCUCCUCGACAAGCUGAUGUUCGGCCGGCAGAAGGAGGUGGAGCAGGUCGUUGGAUUCCUGCUGCAGCCGGACGUCUGCGGCGCUGGCGCCGGCGCCGGCGCCGGCGUGCUGCACAUAGUUGGCGUCGCGAGGGUCGGGAAGAGCACCCUCGUCGAACACGUCUGCCACGACGAGAGGGUCCGCGGCCGAUUCUCCUCCAUCGUGUGCUUGAGCCGAGAAGACCUUGAGGACAUGGGAGACCAUCGUGCUCUGACCGUCAAGCACGGCAGCCAUGCCUCCCACGGGAGCUCGCUCGUCGUCGUCGACCUAGCCGAGGACGAGGAGCCCGUGGGCGACGGGGCAUGGAGGCGGCUGCGGUCGUCGGCGAUGUGCAGGGCGCGGGGGAGCAGGAUCAUCGUGACGAGCAGGUCGCCGGAGACGGUCCGUGGCAUCCCGGCGGCGCGCGCCAUCGAGCUCAAGUUCCUCCGCGACGACGUCUACUGGUACUUCUUCAAGGUGCUCGCGUUCGGCAGCGCGAACCCGGACGACCACCCGAGGCUGGCGUCCAUCGCCAUGGACAUCUCCGCGGAGCAGAAGGGCGGCUUCAUAGGCGCCACCAUCGCCAGCAGCCUGAUGAGGGCCAACCCGGACGCGCACUACUGGACCCUCAUCCUCAAGAACAUGAGGGAGUACACGCGGAAGCACCGCGCCAUGUUCGGCAAGCACCCGCACGACCUGCUGCGGAACAACCACCCGGUGUACCUGUGGAGGCUGGCCGAGAGCUCCAAGAUCUUCCUGUGCCACGGCUUCUACACCGCGUGCCCCGCCAAGCAGGAGAUCCCCAGGGUGACGUUCCAGGAGGUGCUGUCCGGUAGGGUGACGCCCCGCGGGAGGUUCGAGGUCCUGGCGUGGACGUCGCAGAUACCCCCUUGCCGGAGCUACCUGAUGAGCUGCUCGCUGGACACGCCGCCUGGUCCGCACCGUGUCCUUGAUAGGAAGAAGCGUCUUAGGCAGCUGGUUACAUGAAAUGAAGCUGAUCAUCUCGUUUCAUCUUGUCAUGGUGUAUGUAGAUCCGAUCCUCUGCAGCGGCUGUGCGCGAAAUUGUACAUUGCAUUAAGUUGUGGUCCCACGUAAUGUGUAGUUGAAUCAAACUCCUCCGCCUCCCAAUGCAACCUGUGGAUUGAAACUGUGGCGCCAACAACGAAGUUGCGCCAAAUAGCAUCCUGCCAUGCUUAUGAC